AUGUCGCAGCAGCGAGGCAGUGAGGAAGAUUUCUCAAGACAGUCCAGAAACCAGCCUCCCAAACAGCCACCACCUCUGAAUAGCGGUAUUAUCCCUCGUGAUUACUUGGGAUCGCGGUCGGAGGCGGCUGCGCGCCCCGGACCUCCUGGCUCUCGCCAUAUCUCACCGUCGCCGCUGCAUACCAGCUCUCUUCCACAAUCACAAUCACAAUCACAAUCUUACAUUCGCAACGAGUCGCCUAUAUCCCAGAGCCCACUCUCUCCUCGAUCUAGCGCCAACCCGUCUCCCUUCUCCAACCGCUCGCCCAUCUCUCGUAUAGCCAAUGCGCCGUUCCCCGUACCCCCAUCAAACCCUCCCCAUACCUCCUCCCCAUCGCCGGACAUCAUGACAAGCACGGGUCCGUCAGAUAUUGCCGCCAGGUCCGGUGACGGUAAUAUUGCGAAACCGCCUGGCGUGACCGAGCCCGAUCGUUCCGCAUCGUCCUCUGUGAGCUCCAUCCUGUCGGCGUCUGGGGAACGCCCAACUCCUCACCGCGUCAUGCCGCGCACCUCCUCGAUCGACUCCGCCAUCUCCUCCUUGUCCUCCGCGUCUCAAAAGUCCACGUUUGACGCAAAUUCCCUGAGUCCCACUGACAUCGGAAAUCUUAUUAAUGCUGCUGGCUCCGCGGAAGCGGUUAUUGUGCACCUCCUCAGAGAAAAGCACCAAGCGGCCUCCCAGAACUCGCAAUUGUGGAAGUUGGUCGACAAACAACGGACGUUGAUCUUGGGCCUGAAUAAGGACCUGGAGCGCGCAUUCAAGGAGAAGGAAAGAUACAAAAAGAAGUUUCAGGAGCUCCAGGAGUCCUCUACCCCGCCAGUUCCAUCAUCCGCCGAGACCUCGGUUCCACGAACUAUCUUGCCCAAUAAUGAGGAUUCACCUGCCGGUCAGGUUGAAUCUGCACUGAAGGGUUCGACAGGAAGUCAAUCUACUAUUGUCCCACGCUCUGGUGAUUCAGGAUUUGCCGCUUCAAGAGAAGCAUCUUCCCCCAUCACCAGUGAGGCGCAAAGAGUUCCCCAGCCAAGUCGCAAACCACCCCCAGCGCCUUUGAAUCUUCCUCUUCGAUCAGGCGAUGCUCGCGCAGAGCUUGCAGGAUCCGAUUCAGAUUCAGAUUACGGUGAGCCCGGAGAAGCUGAAAGGCUAAGCGACGAGCGCGGAAGGAGGAAGACCCGCGAGGAGGACGAUCGGGAUCGAGAGGUCGCUUUGGAUAAGGAUCUGGAAAUUGAGAUAGCAGCAGCAGGAGGAGCUGCAUACGGAGCUGCAGGCUCGAGCAGUUCAAAAGACACUGCUAAAUCUGCUAGCUCGGCAACUGCUCCUCGCGACUUCGCAACAAGAUCGCCGCCAACUGUUGGCGCUCCUCCACCCAUGGGGUCAAUUCUGAACUCCCGAAUCAACCAUCCAAAUGGACGCUCGGGAGCCUCCAUGCCCAAAAGCCCUGGUCUUCCGUUGAGCCCUCGACCAGAAGACCGACCUAUCGGUUCACCUCUACCCCGAAUGCCUAGAGAUAUGGCCAGUCCCAUGACAGCCGGGUUCAACCAUUCUGGUCUUCCUCUUUCCCCUCGAGGAGUCAAUCACCCUGCACCCUUCCAACCGGGAGAUAUUGCACCACAGACUGGAAGGCCUGGAGGUCCGAUCCCAAUGAUCGACCCCACAGUCAAAAUCGAUAGUCCCCGAUCUCUUCAUUUCCCCGAAAGCACCAUAUACCAGGGACUGGUGUCUGACGAAUAUCCUGGCCUCCUCUUGCCACCCAAUGCGCUUCCCGUGAUUCAAGUCCGAGUGUCAUCCUCACGACUUCGACCUUCCCGAAUGAGCUAUAUGGCCUCCAAACCCCUCGAUGAAGAGCCAGUUUUCACCCUCAGCGUAAUAUCCCGGUCUGAGAUGUCGGAACUAUGGCGAGUCGAAAAGGUGAUUGCAUCUCUGCCGCAGCUCGAUCAGCAAGUCCGUCAACUAGCAACUUUCUCCGGAAAGCUACCUGAGCGCUCGAUCUUCAGCGGCCAUUCUCCCGCGAAGAUCGAUGCGCGACGAGCUGCGUUGAAUUUAUAUUUUGAGAGCCUUUUGGAUACGCCCAUGGACGAGAAGGCGGCAUUGGUUAUUUGCAAAUUCUUGACAAGUGAUGCCAUUGAGCCUCGUGACGAUGAGACCAAUUUACUCAAGGGCCAAGGGCAAUCGACGCCUCCGCCUGACAUGUCUCGAGGUCCGGAUGGCAAACCCCGAAAGGAGGGCUAUUUGACCAAACGUGGCAAGAAUUUUGGCGGGUGGAAAGCACGCUAUUUCACUCUCCAUGGACCAGAACUGAAAUACUUUGAAUCCCCGGGUGGUCCACACAUGGGUACUAUCAAGCUUCAGCAUGCACAGAUUGGAAAACAGUCACAACACUCCAGCAGUCAGAACCAGUCUCCGCCAGGCAGUGAAGAAGACGCAGAAAACCAAUACCGCCACGCAUUCUUGAUCCUCGAGCCGAAGAAGAAGGAUUCCUCUGCGCUCGUUCGUCAUGUUCUUUGUGCUGAAAGUGAUGACGAUCGUGAUAGAUGGGUCGAUGCGUUGAUGGAGUAUGUGGAAAAUCCUUCUUCAGACAAUGACAGUCGUGGAAAUGGUCAUUCAAAGCAUCAGUCUCAGACUCAAGGGAAGCAACAGCCCGGCCAGGGCCAGUCCAAGGGCAACCCCAAUAAUGAGAACAAGCGCCCCACCGGCAGAGGCGUUGAAAGUCCAGAGCAAGAACCCCGCGGCCCCGUUCAGGGAUUCAGCUUCGAUGAUGCCGUAGCGGCUGACCCACCUAUCCUUGGCUCCUCUCUCGAGCAAGCCCCUCUUUCACCUCGCAUUCCAGCCGCCCUAUCCACAGACUUCCGCGACCUGAACCAAGUCAUUGAUGCACCGCCUCAAUCUCCGAAAAUAAUCUCUGGUCCCACAAACGGUUCCAUCAUCCAGGACGUCGGAGCAUGGGGAAACAAACCAAAAACAUCAACUAAGGAAAAGAAACGCAGUAUCUGGGGUUUCCGCACGAGGUCCUCUUUCGACCUAGCUGCGCAGGUUAAUAGCGAUGGCACGGCGGCAAGCAUCGCCCAAGCUGAGAACAAGGAACCUGUUCGGCCUGUCUUUGGUAUUCCGUUGGCCGAAGCUGUGGCAGAGUGUCCACCCCACGGCGUGGUGGAUGCUCAGUUGCCCGCGGUAGUCUAUCGCUGCAUUGAAUAUUUGACCGCCAAGGACGCAGCGCUAGAGGAAGGCAUUUUCCGACUCAGCGGGUCAAAUGUUGUUAUCAAGGGCUUGAAGGAACGAUUUAAUAAUGAGGGCGAUGUCGACUUUUUGGCUGGGGAUCAGUAUUAUGAUGUUCAUGCUGUUGCUUCUUUGUUCAAGCAAUAUCUACGCGAACUUCCUACGACUGUUCUUACUCGUGAACUGCACCUGGAUUUCCUCCGUGUUCUUGAACUUGAUGAUAAGCCGAAGAAGAUCUACGCAUUCAACGCAUUGAUCCACCGACUACCUCGCCCGAACCUGUGCCUGCUCCGAGCACUGUCGCUAUUCCUGAUUGAAAUUGUCAAUAAUUCCGACGUGAAUAAGAUGACUGUUCGGAAUGUUGGAAUCGUCUUCGCUCCCACGCUCAAUAUCCCUGCUCCCGUUUUCUCGAUGUUCCUCACCGAUUUCGAAGCUAUUUUCGGUGAUGCCGGUGCUACUCCGAUCCCGUCUGUGGAGUUGACUGUUGACAAUAGUCUGUCUGCGGAUGAUGUUCGAUCUCCGCGUCAUCAGAUGUUCUCUGAUAUUCCUACCCCUUCAUACAACCAGACCUCGUUUAGAGGCCCGGGAGGUGCGGGCGAUGCACAGCAGGGCAGUGGCGGUUAUGCUGACCCGUCCCGAGCCCCUCAUCCCAAUGACACGGGCUUCAUAUCUAUGCAGCCAAGCUAUGAUCAGCAUCAGCAAACUGCCAGAUCUGGGCCUGGACCGGAUAUGUACAACCAACAUGCAGCUGGGGCUGGGGCUGGAGCUGGGGCCGAUGCUCCAUUUUCUUCAUUGAAUGGAAUGUUAUCUACCGAUGAUACCCGUUCAGCCAAGACGAAGAGACGUGAAAGCUCGAUGCUAUUUAUGGAAAACUGUAUGUCAACUUGA